UGGGAUCAGACGGGCAUGUUUGGUGCUUCCUGUCGCCACGGGUUUAUUUUGAAAUUCUGUGAUAUGGUUCAAAGUGGCGAGCUGGCAAAGUAUCCACUGGCGGUAGUGUCCGACUUUCUCAGAACAAAUAUUGAUCCUCACAACGUUCUGGGUUUCGAUAUUGGAUGCUCGUUCAACGCCACAGUUCACUCAAGCGAGCUUGUUGGGCCACUUGCAGCCGAAUGGAAGCUUCACAUUCUAGUCAAUGCUUUUCAUGGAUGGGCGCACAACCGGACCUGUCAGCUAGAGUGCCAUUCACUCUAUAUCCUUGGCUUUGGGUUGGAGGAUCUAGAGGGGAUGCAACAAAUAUUUUCACUUUCCAACCUUGUUACAUCGCUUGUUCGCAGUGCAUUACGGUUUCAUUGGCUCCAGGCA